AUGCCAGCUGUUAAGCAUAAGAAAUCCGCAUCAGACAUAUAUUUCGGCCUUAUGGAUAGUAUAUCAAGUCCUUCAAAAUGGGCUAAAGAUUGGACUAAAGAUAGUAAACAAAAGAAUGGAAUUCUAUUUCGCAAUCACCGACCCGCUAAUGCCUCUGAUAUUCCAAUUCAGUUUUACCAUCAAAUAUUUGAAACGUUUAUCAACUUUGCAAGGGAUUGUCGAAUAUCAGAGAAGGAAUAUGAACUUGUACUUGAACUUGCCUCUGUGAUGUCCGGUGUAUUUUCGGACGAAAGCCAGAGGGAAGAUGCUUUCAGAUGUUGGCUUGAGUUAUUUUUUGAUAAUGAAAUAGUAAUUCGACCAGAAGAAUCAAAUGAAGCCCACCAAAGUUCACGAAUUGGUGAACUAAGGACAGACGGAAGUAUAUAUCCAAAGAUCGGUAGAGAUAGAGUCCUUUUGGUAAACUUAGAAGUUAAACCUGAGCCUGGUACAAAUGGCGAUUGUUACAUUCAGAACGAUGCCUACUACAAAGAAUUUGUAAUCAAGUCCCGUAACCAGAAAUCGGAGUUUUAUAAUAGGACCUGUUUGCCUGCUUUUCUUAUCAAUCUAGAUGGACCAAAUAUAUCGAUAUCCGGUGCUGUUUGUGCCCCUUUCAUUGUUUGCGAUCGCCUUACAGACAUUUAUCCACUGGAUAUAAUUACUUACGAUAAUGCUAAAGCAGAUGAUGUUGCACGAGUAUUUCUGGCCUUAAAAAAUUCUAUACAUCUAUUAAAAGAUUACUAUAAUUCCGUUUAUGAGUCGAGAGAAACCUCUUGCAAUACUAGCCCUUGGUUUCCACGCAUCAAUAAGAUUGAUUUAGAAGAAGGAACGGCCACCAUUAAAUAUAAGGAGAAGCAUUCUAUAGAUCGAAAUUUAUGGAUUGUAGAAAUCCAGACCGAAAAUACGCAAGAGAAGGGUUUAGUCAAAUUCACCCAAAAAUAUUCCAAAGAAGCACAUAGUACAUGCUUCGAACUAGGUCUAGCACCAAGAUUAUGGGCAGUUAAUAACCUUCAACAAGGCUGGAAGAUUGUCGUUAUGGAAUAUUUGGAGGAACAUAAACCACUACAUACUUUUCAUUCAGAAUUACUUCCCCAAACAAAAAAUGUGGUUAAAAAUGCUGUAAAGUUGUUUCAUGAUUCCGGUUACGUACAUGGAGAUCUUCGUGAUGUAAACAUCAUGGCCAAAUACAAAAAUGGUGAAAUUGAUAUAAAAUUUGUGGAUUUUGAUUGGGCGGGAAGAGAAGGAGAGGCAAAGUAUCCCGAAAGUCUAAACCCUGAUAUUAACUGGCAUCUAGAUGUUGGCUGGCACAAAUUAAUCAAGAGGGAGCACGACAAUCAUUUAGUUGAUAAUAUAAUGUCUGAUUACGAACCCUCAAAAAAGCGACGACGCCUCUCAGAAUGGAUGAAUUAA